GCUGUCUCGGCAGCGACUUCAUUUCUCAUCCUCUCUCAGCCGUCAGAGCUUGAGUUUCGCAUGUCGCUCGGAGUUGUCCGCCAAGGUAUCGUCGAGGUGCGUCUCAAGCCGCGGGGACUCUUGAACAAGUCAAGUGUUCGAGCUCAUCUUCUCGUCUUGAGAGCUCAGUCUCCUCGUGGUCGGCCAAGGCUUGAACUCUAUACUGUUCCUCACGGUCAAGAAAAGGGUGGCAGCAGAGUGAGAGUCUGUCGCUCAGCCUUACAAGUCAUUUCUGCUGAAGAUGUCGUCAGCAUCCAGGAGGCAAAGCCCAAGUCCAAGCCACCGCAUGGAGUGCAGCUGUUUAUGGUGACUGAGAAGAUGAUGUUCUUUUGUAAAUCGGAGUUUCAACAGAAACGGUGGAUUGAAGAUAUAAGUCGUGUGUUCUUCGAAGGCAGUGAGGUGGUGCAGCCUGUUGAUCCAUCGAAAUCCGAUAUCUAUGCUAUUACAUUGGCCAAAUCAGAGGGUGGUGUUUGGAAGGCCGAAACCAAUGCACUGAUGGAGAUUGGCUCCAGUAAUAUUGUUGUAUUUACGACAUCUUCUAUGGUCAAUCCGUUGUACAUGUUGCCUCUGGCUAAUGUUGCAUCAGUUUGUGUGGUGGGUGAAGGAUAUAAGGACGAGAUGCGGGAAUUGAAGAUAACGACAAAAGGGGAGAAACCCACUGAGUUUAUACUUUGGAGUUUUCUCUGUGAAGAUAUUGCACACUCUUUAUCAAAAAGGAUUGAGGCUAUUGGUGAUUCUCAAAUUGAACCACCACUCAUGUUUGAUUCUGAAGAUGCUCGAAGCGUAUCACCUCAUGCUAUAUCAAAGUGUCGCAGUGCAUCACACGUCAUAGACAUUCCAAGUGUUGGCGAUUAUUCAACAUCUGUCCCUAACGCAACUUACUCAAAUAUUCUUGAAAUUCCUAACUCUGCAACACAAGCAGGUGAUCGCAAAGUACGGACGGCAUCAAUGAAGAGCAAGAAUCUUCGUCGUUUUGGUUCAGAUUCUGAUCUAAGGGUACCAGAGUCAUCUCAGGAAGAGAACAACUACAAGGAUAAUUUCUUUUGCUCGCGACCAGCUCGUGAGCGUUUACGGGCGAAUGUAAUUCGAUCACGGUCAGACAACACACAUCAUGUAGUCAAAUGUCAUAUCACAUACACUAAUUCAAAGGGUGAAGCAUUGAUUGAAGAUAAUGAUGAGGAUGAGGAUGAUGACAACUAUUUGAAAGCAGAAGAAAUCAAUUCUCCUCAUGGAGUUUUAGGUAAUGAAGUCCACGUGAAAGCACCACAAUAUAUUAACACUUCACAAAAAGAUCAGGACAGUGAUGAUGAUGAUUACUCUAGCAUACCUGAAGAGGGUCUGAGGCAGCCUGGAGUUUCUUCAGAUGAAGACAGUGACGACUACUCCAAAAUUUCCGAGAUCGGUGUCACCUUGCCCAACCUCCUACAUUCUCCUGAGCCUCGUCAACAAGACCCAGCGUCACCUACUAAUCGUUAUGUUUCAUCAACAACUGAAGAUCGACAAGCGGCAGCUCUGAAGCCUAUGGACAUUAGAGAAAUCAAGCAGUUGCAGCAGAAAUUGAAAUUAGGAGAGCUGAGGCCAGCCGAGAGAGAUAACAAGAGCAGGUCUCCUGACGUCACGCCAUCAGCAGAUCCAUUGCAUUCACCAAGAGCAGUGACGGCUCUCAAACCGAGGCCAGCACCACGGCAACGUAGCCACAAGCCCGUACCCCAAAAUCGCCCCACGCCACCUCCGAAGCCAAAGCUCCAACGAACUGAUGACAUUAGUAACACAAAACCGAAAACAGUACACGCGUCGAACUGCAGCCAGAGGAGCAGUUCGGCUUCAAGCAACCCAUGCAAUUGUGGUGCGUUAGAAGAAACAACGGAAGUACCCAUUCGCGGUUUGCCUUCACAUCACGGAGUUUGUGGAGAAGAGACAACAGAGAGAGGGUCGUACAGCUACAUUAUGAUACGUGGCAGUGAGAAUCAAACUGGUAAGAAGCCUCAGAACCCAAUAUUUCCCGAAGACAUGACGAAACGUGUCAACUCGGACGUAAGACAGAAGCAGAAAAAACGAGCUCCGGCGGUUUUGCCUCGUCCCUCGCACACGCUGUCUGAUAAAGACGGCGAAGAGACAUACAUCGAGUUCACUGAUGGCGGACAGGAAAUCUCCGACGACGCGUUGACUGUCAGUCUGGAAGACGUCGAGUUUCAACAUCAUGAUAGAAAUGCAUCGUACGAUGACUCUAGCAACUGUCUUUAUCAGAACAUUGAUUCGUAUCCUGGAGACUACGAAAAUAUUACGGCAGAUUUGAUCGCUCCUGCUCACCAGUCUCCACCUACUGGAAGCAGCUGUGUGUCAUCUCAGUCGGUUGGAAGCACGCGUCAACAGUCAAUGAGGUCUAGCAAGUCAUCGGAGCAUUUGUAUUUUAAUGUGUUUGAUGAGGGUCCAUAUGAAAAUGUGCGUGGAUCGUCAUCGGGGUGGUGAGAGGCGAGGCGGAGUUGUGUAUGUAGGUAUGUGUGGGCGUGUCUGUAGAUUGAUGACUAUUAGUUUUUAUUUUGUUAAUCAGGUAAAUAGGUAAUAUGGCGAACAUGUAACUAUGAGUUGUAGAUAUUGAUGAAUGAAGUACUAUUGUGUUGUGA